AUGAAUACUUCAACUACUUCAACUAUAAGAAAUAUUAUAAAAAGACAUAGAAUUAAAGGGCAAACCGAAAUGAAUAUUUUUAAUAAAUGGACACAAGGCAAGAAUGGUAGUCAUAUCGGCGCUCCAAUACCGUCUGUUACCGCUACUGCCAUACAACCACAACCUACCACUACCAAUACACUUUUUUCGAAAGAUAAUCCAAAUCAUAAACCAUUCAUGGCUGGUAUGAUAAUAGCAGUAAUCAUUGCCGUAAUAUUUAUUGGUUAUAUCUUAAAGAAAAUCUUUUCUUACAACGCUCGUAAAUGUCCAAGACCGUUAUUAGAUGCUACAAGUUCAUUGGAGAGUAAUAGUAAUAUCAGUCAUGAAAGCAGCAUUCAUCAUAAUAUUUGUGAUACAUUUCCUUCUAACCCAACCGAAGAAUCGGCUAGUGAAGGAAUGUAUCACACUAACAGUAAUACCAUCGAAAUCUUAGACAUUCCAAAUCCUAGUGCCACGGAACAUUCUUAUGAAACUUCUAGUGUUGGUGAUGUGGAUAUAGAAUUACCUUCUUCCAAAGUUAAUGUUAAUUGGGAAGAUUGUAUGAGAUAG